AUGACAGAUAAGUAUUAUCUAUGUGAUGCGACAUAUUCAAAUACUCGAGGAUUUUUAGCCCCAUAUCGCAACGUUCGAUAUUGGUUAGGUGAUUAUCAUCUUAGGCGGACUAGUAAUAAGGAGGGAAAAUUUAACCGUGGUCAUGCACAGCUCAGAAAUGUUAUAGAACGCGUUUAUGGAGUUCUUAAAGCAAGAUUUCCUAUAUUGGAUAAGAUGCCUCCAUAUUCUAUUGAUGUUCAGAGAAAUGUUGUUGUUGCAUGUUUUGUAGUUCAUAAUUUUAUUAGAAAGGAGCGUAUAAAUGAUGACAUUUUUAAUCAAUACGAGUCAACUCAAUUAAUAUUUGAUGAGGAAGAAGGAGAACCCGAAGAAGUGUUGGAUGAAACAAAUGGACAUGGUUGGACAACUGCAGAUUCACAGAUAAUGAAUAAUAUGUGUGAGAAACCUGCACUUCAACUAAUGCAAAGAAGAGGGAAUACUUGA